GAGCAAAAGAAGAGGUCCGGAGGGAGCGUUAACAAAACGCAGUGCGAGCUGAAAAACGAAGAGCGGACUGAAAUGUGGACGAGAAAAGGAGAAAAAGCUCAUUAUUUGGCGUGAGACGAUUUCGGAGAGGAUGCGAUGAGAAGGAAGAAACUGGGAGCGAUUUAAGAGCGCCUUUUAUCGCAGGAGAAGCUGGAAUUAACGUUAAAGUUUUCGGAACGAGUUUAUUUUAACGGUCCAAGUUCUGAUGCCCUCUGCAGCACUAUGCAGGUCGCUCCAUCAUGGCCGGGUCAUGAAGUGUCUCGCUUUUCUCCUCUUGCUCCCGGAUUCGUUGAAAAAGCCCCGCCACCCCGCCUGCAGCCACACCGCUAAGCCCGGAAAGAUGGAGCUACAGCCGGCUGGAGGCACCGCAGAGCGCGGCGAGGCCGAGAAGAAGCGCAGCGAGGCGGAUACGGACAGCUCGGAAACCGCCGCCGUGACUCCGGUCAACGAGCAGAACCACGACAACAACGUAAACAACAACAAAAUUAACAACAGCGUCAAUAACAACAACAUAAACGACAACGGCAGCAGCUCCGUUCAGCCUACACUGCGGGAGAGGAACGCUCAGAUGUUCAAUAACGAGCACAUGGCGGAUGUUCACUUUAUUGUUGGUCCUCCAGGAUCAUCAACGAAGGUCCCAGCCCAUAAGUAUGUGCUGGCGGUGGGGAGCUCCGUUUUCUGUGCCAUGUUUUAUGGGGACCUCGCUGAGGGAGACACGGAAAUCCACAUUCCAGAUGUGGAGCCCACCGCUUUCCUAAUCCUGCUCAAAUACCUCUACAGUGACGAGAUCGAGCUGGAGGCCGACACAGUCCUGGCCACCCUGUACGCGGCCAAGAAGUACCUGGUGUCUCCUUUGGCUCGGGCGUGCGUGCACUUCCUGGAAACGGGCCUGGAGGCACGAAACGCCUGUGUGCUGCUGUGGCAGAGCCGGCUCUUUGACGAGCCGGAGCUGACCCGGAGGUGUUGGGAGGUGAUCGAUGCGCAGGCUGAGGUGGCCCUGUGCUCUGAGGGGUUCUGCCAGAUCGACCCGGCCACACUGGAGAGCGUCCUGAGCCGCGACACGCUCAACAUCAAGGAGGCGUCAGUGCUGCAGGCGGCACUGAACUGGGCGGAGUCAGAGUGCAGGAGGCGAGGCUUGAACCCCACGCCCCAGCACAAACGCUCUGCUCUGGGCAAGGCGUUGUACCUCCUGCGCCUUCCGGCCAUGAGCCUGGAGGAAUUCGCUAAUGGUCCCGCCCACUCUGAAAUACUGACUCUAGAGGAGACGCGGGACCUUUUCCUCUGGUUCACCGCGGCCAAAAAACCAGCACUGGAGUUUCCGCUGAGGGCCAGGUCAGGGCUCCGCCCACAGCGCUGUCGCCGUUUCCAGUCAGCCGCCUACCGCAGCAACCAGUGGCGAUACAGAGGCCGUUGCGACAGCGUCCAGUUCGCGGCGGACAGACGCAUAUUUUUAGCCGGAAUCAGCCUGUACGGUUCCAGCGGUGGCCGAGCCGAAUACGCCGUCCGGAUCGAGCUGAAGAGGCAGGGGGCGCUGUUAGCCCAGAGGAUCACCACGUUCGUCUCAGAUGGAUCAAGUUCGACGUUUCCUGUGUGGUUUGAGCACCCGGUGCAGGUUGAGCCGGACGCUUUCUACACUGUUAGCGCCGUGCUGGACGGCAGCGAGCUGAGUUAUUUCGGACAGGAGGGCAUGACAGAGGUGCAGUGCGGGAAAGUUACGUUCCAGUUUCAGUGUUCGUCGGACAGCACCAACGGGACAGGGGUACAGGGAGGACAGAUUCCAGAACUAGUGUUCUAUGCAUGAGGGUUCACCUCCGAGGGAUUAUUUGGUUGUAAUUCUAACAAUGAUGCUGAAAGACUAUACAGAACAGAGAGAGAUUCGUUUGACUGGACUGUCAACAGCUCACACUUUAGCUCUGCAAUCUUAUUUAUUACCUUAAGCUUAUUAUUUUAAUAUUUUAAAAACUAUUUUAAUUUAUUUUAUUUUUUAAUUAUUGACAUGAACUAACAUGUAGGGGUGUGUUGCACUUGGAACAGGCAGCUCUUACUAAUGUAUUGUUUUUGUUUCAAAUUUAAUGUUUACAUGUUGAUGGCUUGACGCUGACCAACACAAUGCUGCGUACUGGCUGAACAGAUUGCCAGUUGCAAUUCCCUAAUUGGCUUAAAAAUAAAGUGAGAAAGUUAAAAGAUGUGAACAAUCCAACUGGUGUGCUUUUCUUAAUGCUGUGUUUGAAACAAAAGUACUCAAAGUCAGCAAAAAUGCAGCUUUCAAAUCAGCCAAUGAGUUGUUUUGCAGUGAA